CACCUUGAAAAAUGUGAGUCCAUGAUCUGUUGUUUUUGAGAAUCUCUUCAUCCACAAUUCAUUUGUCCUCUGUUCACUAUUUGCCAUGAUGCCGACUCGCCGAAGAAGCUUUGAGAUGACUUGUGCGUUGGUUGACCUCGUAAGUUGCUAAAUGAUCUAGGAAGUCCUCUACCUACGAUCUGGGUUGUUUGUUGCUAUAGAGGUCUGGAGAGUUGCAUUGGUUUGAGUUAGGUUUGCUUGGGGACAAGCAAACGGUUAAGUGUGGGGGAGUUUGAUAGACCGUUAGUUACACAUGUUUUCACCCCUGUUCUUACACCGUUUGAGAGGUGGUUUCUCGUGUUUUAGACCGAUUUCACGCUAGGUUGUGCUUGUUUGUGAUAUUUCGGGUCCGGGAAAAUGAAUGAAGGUUUAGGAGCGAGUUCGGGGUCGAUUGGGUGAAGAUCGGGUGCGAGACAAGUUACAAAGGAGGUCACACGGGCUGCCCUGAUGUUCGCACGGCCGUGUGAAGUAAUGGCCUGGCCGUGCGAGUUUUGCCGAGAGCACACACGGGCAGUGCAGAGGAUCGACACGGCCGUGCAAGUGGCCGGGUUGGCCGUGCCACAUUCUGUGAGAGCAAACACGGGCAAGAGGGGAUAUCCACACGGCCGUGCCAUUCUGGCCGUGCAAAGAGCCUGGAAUUCGAACUAAUUGGAACGCAGCGUUUUGACUCACACGGGAAACUGGGUAAGCCACACGGUCGUGCCACCCUGCCCGUGUGAGUCGGGAUUUUCUGCUUAAAACCCGAUUUUCAGCCAGAGGAGAAGAGGAGAGCUGGGUUUUGGAUCCCAAACACCCAAGGGACGAACCAAAGAGAGAGAGGGCAAUUUGAGGGCAUUCUUGGAGUGGAGUUGGAGGAUUUCUUCGCCUUGGAAGCUCGAGGAACAAGCCCGGACUUGAAGACUGAUCAUCUGAAGAUUCUUACUGCAGUCUCUCUCUUCUCUAUGGAGUAACUUCCCUUCACUUAGGUUUUGAGGAACCCUAGCUAUGUUUGUUUGAUUGGAUGAUUGUAUGAGUACUCUGACUGGAUAAUCUUGAGUUCAUAUUCAAUCUAUGCAUGUUUUCAUGAUUCAAUUCUGCUUUAGUCGAGAUUAUUGAUUCUGCUUUGGUUCUAUGAGAGGGAAUACCUGAUUAGGUCAAUAGAGCACCAUAGAUUGAUAGUAGUGGAUCGAUUGCUUUAGUCGAGGGUUGAUUCACUGCUUCGUAUCGAUUGAGAACCUCUUUCGAUAGAGGGAGUCUAGUUCAGAACGCCUUGAUCAGUUGUUCUAGAGAAGGAUACAUCCCUCUAGGCAAUUGACUCAAGAGGGCCUUGUUCCUUUAGUCGAGACUCAAGGUCUAGUCAAGGAUUCUCCGCAUUGUGAAUGAAAGUGAAAAAAGUUGGAAAUCAUCAAUUGUUUGUCUGGCUAGUGGCUAGGGGGAAUCAUACCUAAGUGAGUUCCCAACAUAUAAUUAGAUUAGCUUUAACUGUAGUUUGCUAGAGUAGUUUUAGUUCUUUCAUCUUAAUCUGGUUUGCUAAAUAAUAAACUGAAGCUGAGUAAUAGUAACUCUAGAGACCCGUGGAUUCGAUAUUUAUCACUUGAGCCACUAUACUGCAGUCCCUUCCAUUGGUUACACUUGGCCAUAGUUAGGUGUUGUGUUUUAGCGAGUCAACGAUGGACGAGCAGAUCUACCACAAAAUCUGCGUGGAGUUCUACUCCAACUUCUCCCAUGUCGUCUCAUCCAGCAAGAACAGUCGGCCGCAUGUGGAGUUCAUGCUGGGAGUUCAGCCACCAGUGCUAACCUAUGAUGCCUUUGCUCGUGCCAUGGGGCUCGACACGGCACAUAUGACGAUGACGGAGCAGCAGUACGGUGUCGACUUCCACUACCAGGCAGCAUUCCGAGCCCUCUGCCGCCCCGAGCAUGAGCAUGAGGAGUUUGACGGGAGCCGCACCAAUGCGGUGAAGCUGAGGAUCCUCCACACCUUGCUCACCUGAUCGGUCGUCCCCAGCCCGCAGUCAGGCCAUCUGAUG